UUUUGUUAGUGUUUUAAGCCAGACAGGGAGAGAGAAGGGAGAAGAAUCUCGCGAGAGACAGAAAGGGACGAUUAUUGGUUGGUGAAAUUUAGAGCAUUUUUGGGAAUUGGGUAAACUUUUCGAUGGCGACUUCGAAGCUUCAAGCUAUUUGGAAUCACCCUGCCGGACCUAAAACCAUUCAUUUCUGGGCACCAACGUUCAAGUGGGGUAUUAGCAUUGCCAACAUUGCAGACUUUGCCAAACCUCCAGAGAAACUUUCCUAUCCUCAACAAAUCGCGGUUACAUGCACUGGUGUUAUUUGGUCUCGUUACAGCAUGGUAAUCAAUCCGAAAAACUGGAACCUCUUCAGUGUUAAUGUUGCUAUGGCAGGGACAGGCAUAUACCAGCUUGCUCGUAAAAUAAAACACGAUUAUGCAACCGAAGCUGAGCCUGCCGUUGCGAGCGAAUGAUUAUGAUGACGAAGCUGAGAUUUCUAAAGGAAACUGGAUAUCAUCUUGCUUCUGUUUGAAAAUCUAGUCUCAAGAUAUAUGAUUUUCUUUAAAUUCCAAGAUCUUCUGAUCGGAUCACGAUUAUCAUUUCCAAGGUUUUUUAAGUAUUCCUGUUUGACAUUUGUUCAAAUGAUAAAGGAGGUCAAAAAGUUCCCUUCAUAUGCUGCUUUUAAAGUAAAUCAUCAAGUACUCCACAGACAAAUUAAAUGUUCUGAAUGUUGAAUCAAAAUAAAAUUCAGACAAAAAGACAAGAAUCUCCUAUGAAUUGAAUGAUCAGUCUGAAUCAAUGAGUCAUUUCCAUUAACAUCAAAAGGAAUAAGCCAUGGGGUUACAGACCAAAUCAAGGAUCUGCGUCCAUAUCUAAUGACUGCUUUGUUCUUUCUGUAAUGUCUUUCUUCCUAAUUGAUAUUGAGAGUUGAGGGUGAGGAACCAAAACAAUGCACCCAGUUUAUCAUUCUUC